AUGGCCAUCUGGGCUCGCAGCUUGCAUGACGUGUUUUAUCUUUAUGGUUUGUCCUUGAACACUUCUCUAACAUUGGAUCCGUUGGGUGGAGAAUCGAAUGCUUCCACAUUAGCUUCCUCAAUGCAACGGUCAUUUAAGGGACUUACUGGUGAAGUUACUAUCAAUGCAAAUGGUUCACGUAUCCCAUUAUUUACCGUAUAUGGUCUGGAUUCCAACUACAAUCAGAUCUCGUACAUCAAUUUCACAAUGUCCAAUAAUGUACCUGUGAUGUCAAAAAGCUAUAUUGAUGAAGCAACAUCCAUAUGGGCUACACGCGGUGGUGUGCGACCACUUUCGCGGCCUAUCUGCGGCUAUACUGGUACGGAUUGCCCGAAGGAAUUUUGGGAACAGUACUCAAUCUACGUGAACGUUGGAGGAGCACUACUCCUCAUCUUCUUGUUGGCUACUGUUCUACUGCUGGCGUAUUUGUUUAGGUAA